GCUCACCACGCCAUCCGAGGGUCGCAUAAUUAUAAUAUGGAUUUAACUGCCAGCAAAUACUAUCCACUUCACUUUUCAUUGUGGUAAGGCGUAUGCUUUUCUACCUCUUAAUCAUGUUAGUACGUUGAAUUGUGACUUUGAGAACCGUAGUAGCACCAAUCAGAAGAGUUGAGAGCGAUACAUGAUAGUGUAGGAGACUCAAGUUGAAGACCUAUACUUAUAAGCCUCUAAAUGUGAUUCAAAAACUGAUCACAAGCAACGAAGAAAUAAGCUCGAUCUUGAGUGUGUAACUUGUAAAUCUAAAAUAUGCCUGUCGUCAUAUGAAAUGAACUAGUAUAACAAUAAAACUACUUGGUCCAAAGAGACUCAAAGCCACGACCUUUUUUCACGAUGGGACCAACCCAAACAAGUGGUUUUACCAAACGGAGCACUUACAUCAUCUUACUUGUAGGCCUAUUCUCUUUCGUCUACUUCUGCCUCUUUUUGUGGGACGAUGCCGUGAUUCCACACUUCCUUGAAUCGAAGAAAAUGAUGAAGUAUGGAAAACAAUAUGAUUUUACACGAGCAUCAAAUGACGAUUCUAAUGAUUCAUCCAGAGCCGUCAAUACCUGGGAGUUUCAUGGAAGCACAAUUAAAGGUUCAACAGAAUCAUAUCCUGAACAGCACAUCGCGAUUGAUACUCUUGCUAACAUUGUUGCGACAUCUGGACGAAAUGCAGUAAUUGAAGUACAGAAUAACAAGGAUGGACGGUUUUCAAGUGACAGCGUAUCCAAAGAAAAUACAUCUAGAGAAUUUCAUAUGCCAUAUGAAAAACAUGCAAUUUCAAAUAGGAAAAGUAAUGUUGAAAUCCUACGCUCGUCGCUUCCAAUCCUUGAUAAGCCAGCAUCAGCCAAACGUGUUCAAAUCAUUAUUGUCACAACAAAACGCUCUGGAUCAUCUUUCAUAGGAGAGUUGUUUAAUUCGAAUCCAGAAGUUUUUUACAUGUACGAACCAUUGUUUCAAGUGACGUUUGAUGUAUUGAAGCACCGUAUUGACAACAGACAGGCCGAGUCCUUGAUUUUCUUGCUGUGGAACCACACCCUCCGUUGUAACUAUUCAACAUUUAGCCAGGGGACUAAGAACUGGUUGAGUCGAGGUGGUUUGAACACUUGUCAGCUAUCAGGAGCCUUGAAAAGCUCCAAGCUUCUCUGUCCAGUAAGAAAGAUACCCGAUCGAAAAGUUGGUCCAAUAAUUUCAAAACUGUGUUUAGAUCGCCCCUACACAGUUCUUAAAACCAUACGUGUUAACGACAUUAAGGAUCUGAGGGUUUUUCUUGAGGAUCCAAGUCUAAACCUCAAAAUUAUCCAUCUAGUCCGCGAUCCCAGAGCGGUCAUGAAUUCGCGUCGUAAACUCAAAGAACCAAACUCCGAUCUGUUGCGACGGAAAGGUCCCGAUGCAGAUGAAAUCAAGGAUCUGUGCGAGCAUAUGGCUCGAAACUUACAGUACAAGGAUGAUCCACCCAGCUGGCUAAAGGGCAAAUACAUGUUAGUACGCUUUGAGGAUGUAGCCGAAGACCCUAUAGAACAAACACAGCGGAUUUAUCAGCAUGUGGGAAUUAACAUUCAUCAAGAUGUACUCGGUUGGUUGAAGAAUAAUACUCAUGGAAAUAAGGGUCAGGGGACUGGUAGCCCAUUUUCACGAACGCGAGACACUGAGAAAGUCAUCAAUGCCUGGAAGAACAGUAUUUCAGAGGAGGUUAGAGAAGAGGUCGAAAGGAAAUGCAGUCAUGUGAUGAAUGCGUUAUCAUAUCACUAUGAUUAAGAGUAUUACAAGAACAUACAUUAUAAAUCCCGGGAUGGGGUAUACAUCCCCUCCCCCACUCCGAAAGGAGAGGGGGUGGGGAUCAGAUGUUCCCAUUUUUUAGCAAAAUAUGAUGUAAGUCAAAAAGUUGCUUAAAACGUUGACAAAUUCAAUAUAAGCGUCUCUUAUAGGAGCGAACAUUCAAUAUACGUCGAUGCUAUCGAACUGUAGAAUAAGAUUAAUAUUGUUCAUAGGUGUUAGUGGAAUAACGUUGUACGUUAGAUAUUAUAUUAAUCAUUAUCACUUUUGUAUACUUAUUCAUGCUCAUAUUUCUUAAGUAUAAUUUUGUGCUGCGCCUAGAAUCAAAGUAUUAGACGCAAUAUAAAUGUGAGCUAUUAUUAUUUAUUAUUAUAACCUUUUAAAAAAUUAUUAUAAUUGAAUAUAUUUAACAUUCUAUGUAUGUGCUAUAUGCCUUUAAGAGAUUUGUCAUUAACGAUAGAUAUCUUGAUAGAUUAUUUAAUUAAUCGCUCAAAACAAUAUAUUGUAAAUAUAUUAUGUAUACAGGUG